AUGAAAAAAGUGGAAAUUUUGAAAACGCCAGUCAUUCAACAACGACCGGUGGCUCCAUCUCGUACAUCGAGUCCUCCAGUGACUGCUCCACGAAUCGCAAUUAAGCCCCGCCCACCGCCGGCAUCUGGAAAUUCUGGAAUUCCUGAAAACAAUGGACCAAUUUCACCACCGGAUUCAUCAGUUUCGAAAUCUAGUGGAAUGAAGGAAUCCGUGCGAUUUUUGAAUGAUAUCGGAGAGAUUACUGAUAGUAUUUCGGAUCUUCUCACAAAUAGCCCGAAUUUCAACGUUAUCUCUGCCAUCGGACCGCAGGGAGCCGGAAAAUCGACGAUUUUGAGUAUGUUGGCUGGAAAUAAUUCCAGACAAAUGUAUAGAGAAUACGUCUUCCGUCCGGUAUCCCGUGAAGCGAAUGAGCAAUCUCGUCACCAAACGACACAAAUCGAUAUUUAUGUGACGAAUCAUCAGAUUUUCCUAGAUUGUCAACCAAUGCACAGUUUUUCGAUAAUGGAAGGAUUACCGAAACUGAGAGGAGGACGGCUAGAUGAAGCGACGGCGAUGAGUGAUACUCUUCGCCUCACCGCUUUCCUCCUAUUCAUCAGUCAUACUGUACUUGUUAUCUCUGAAACACAUUUCGACAAAACAAUCAUUGAUACGAUUCGAACAUCCGAACAAAUUCGACCAUGGUUACAUCAAUUCCGUCCGAAACUUUCUAUUGAAAGAAUGACGAAUUUGGUUUUUAUAAAAACGAAAGCGAGCUCAAUCGACACGGCUCCAUCGGUGAUUCGUGAGAGAGCACAAUUGCUUCGUUUGGCAUUUCGAGACUCGAAAUGGCUGAAAAUCUCAAAAGAACCCUUUAAAUGCCUCCUAGUUUUGGAGGAAAUUCGUGUGAAACGAGAGCAUUUGUAUGAGGGAGAGGACGAGAUCGAUGAGACAAUGCUCAAUGAGUUUGAUGAGCAUAUUGCUCAGCUUAGAGUCAUGUUGCAGAGGAAUCGAGACGAUUUUACGGUGGAGACGGCGGCGAUGGAUGAGAAGAAAUGGCUAGAAAUGUGUCAAGAAGUGAUUCGCGACAAAACAUUUCAUCGAAUUCUCAAAGAAUUCCAUCGUUCCGAUCGAGACCGCUCAUCGAUUUAUGCGGAGAAUGGAGAUCGAUAA